AUGUACAAAUUACCAUUCGAUGUCCUGCGGCUGAUUGCAUAUCAUUUGCACCCUUCUGACGUCGCGUCAUGGCUUCUGACGUGUCGACGCCUGGAGCGUAAUAUCACCCCUGUUCUCUACGACAUGCCAAAGCCAUACGCGGCAAGCCUCGACACUCCAUACAGAGAGGAUGCACAGAGUGAAAAUGAGAGAGAUAAAAGUCAGACCGGCGAGGAUGACCAAGGUAUUUACUCGAGAGCCUUGAUAGUGAUUUGGGCGGCCAAGCACGGGUACGCCAACACCAUCAGGAAAGUUGCGGCGGUGGAGGAGAUAUCACCAUUGCUUCGCAAGCGCGUGCCCAGACGGGGGCUACAGGCAAGAUUAGGGACGCUGGGCAUGACGCCAAUGCACCAAGCUGCUCUGUACGGGAAUGCCGAAGUUAUCGAGGUGCUGGUAGAGCUUGGUGUCUCCGCAGAUGUUGCCGUCGGAGGUUUCCUACGCCCACUUCACCUUGCUCGAAACGAGGCGGUCAUCAAGACCCUUGUGAAACAUGGCGCUUCUAUCCCUGAUGCUGAAGCUUCACCGAUAUCUGCUCUUGUCUACUCAAUAUCUGCUGGCUCUGAGCCAUCUGCUACUCGCUGCUUUUUGGAGCUUGGGUGCGAUCCCAACGCCCUCUCACCCCAAGGCUUUUCUGCAGGACAUGUCGCCAUAGAGAAAGGGCAACUAGAGACAUUAAAGCUCCUCUUAGAUGCAGGCCUGGACGUCUCGGAUCCCGCACCUCGAAUUGGAACCCUCAUCAGCCAUGCUAUUGUCACACAUCAAAGUUCUGAUCCAAGACUGGCAUUGCGGAUGGUCAACUUGCUGCUGAAGCACGGUGCUCCCGCCCACGGAGGAAAGAUGGUCCAAUGGGGCAGUUAUUUUUCCAUCCCCUGUCUAUUGAGCAAUAUCCUAUUCGCAACGCGCGAGGAUAAUCCUGACGCCAUGAUCCGCUUGUUAUUGAGCCGAGGUGCUCGAACAGGAACAGGUGUCAGAUGGCCCAAGGAAUUCGCCCGUUUAUCUGGAUGGAGCGGCUGGAGCGAUGCGGUCGCGAGUAGCUGGGUCAUACUCAUAAAUCCAGUGACUCAGCUCGUGUCCCGCGUGGAUUGGUCCACAGCUACCAGCAUCGCUGAGGGCUUUGAGACAUUAUCACUUCUCGUUGCUAAAGAUUUAACCAAGGACGGACCCCGGAGGCUGUGGCGCGCGCUGCUGGCAGAUUUCGCGACUGCUUGGAGAGAUGAGACGUGGGAUGAACUGACCUUGUUCACGCUCAACCAGGGCUUGGACAUUUUGUUUGAGAACCGCGGCGUGGCUGAUGAGGAAAGGCUGGACAUGAUACUCGCGGCAGCCGAGAUAUUGGAGGGGUUCGACUCGAAGCCCAUACUCAGGACUGUGAAGCGCCUGUUGGAGUUUGGCGUAGACCCGAAUGGUCGAUGGACGCACGCUCUACGCACGAGGCUCAUGGAUGUGUGCAUGACCCAAAGAAACGUGAAGAUGGCCAAGGUGAUUCGGCUGCUUAUCCAACACGGAGCAGACGUGAAUUACUAUGAUUCUCGCCGUGGGUGGAUGCCAAAGAACGCUUUGGAAUGCCUCAUAUGGGAUGGGGAGAGCAAUCUGUGCCAAGAAACAGUAGAUCGUCUUGAAGCUCUCUUGUCCAGUGGCAAGCUAGACAUCAACCCUCCUGGGAAUGGCCGCUAUGGCCCGCCUCUUCUUUCCAUGGCUCGAAUGAAGAUCGGAUCCUCCCUGUGCCGCGACUUCAGAAGGAAGAUCAUCUCGCUUUUGCUGAAACAUGGUGCGGAUAUCAACGUUGUCUCUGGUUCUUGGCUGGACGUGCCAGAAGAUACUAAGAAACUUGAUGAGCUCGCCGAUGACUUUGAUGGCAAACUCCACCAUACCUACGGGCCAAUCCUCACCUCCUCGGCAGUUCCUGCGGACUUGCGAAGUACUGGAGAAAUGCAGACCUGGGUGAAGCAAUUGACAGGAGAAAUUGACCCCAUCACUCCGUACAGAUGGGAUUUGAGGCGGGUCAGAGCCAUCUUCCCUGAUUAUGUCUGUGACGGCGGCAACGCCCUACAUUUUGCGAGUGUCUGCGCCGACCCAGAAACCCUGAAGCUGCUUCUCAAGCAUGGUGCUCGAGAGCUCAUCAAUGCCAAAAGUACUGCCGGGUUCACACCUCUAAUUACGCUGGUCUACGCGGCGGGUAAUUAUCGAAUGUCGGUUGAGGACUUCACAUUCAAGAAGAAGCUGCUCCUCAGAUACGGAGCUGAUACAUCUCUUGUAUCAGCCAAGGGUCAGACGGCGUGGGAUCUAUGCAUUGAGUGCCAGGAGAAGAAACCAUGGCUCAAGGGAUCUGUGGUGGAUGAUUUACACCCGGAUGCGCGGCCAAAGUGGUAUGAGACGCGAGUAAGAAAGAUCCUGAAUUGA